AGACAAGGAUGAUUCUGAUUCUACCACCCAGGUCGCUACGGAGGCUGCGACUGUCACGACUACGAUCGAUGCUCCUGUUGAGCCUACUACUGUAACGUCCCCUCUGCCAGUCAGCACAGCUGCUGUGACCGAUGAGGUUGCUGUCACUACUCCAGCUCCUGUGACUGGCGAAGUGACCAUCAGCACGGCAGCUGGGGAAGCUCCCGGUAGAGACAAGGAUGAUUCUGAUCCUACCACCCAGGUGGCUACGGAGGCUGCGACUGUCACGACUACGAUCGGUGCUCCUGUUGAGCCUACUACUAUAACGUCCCCUCUGCCGGUCAGCACAGCUGCUGUGACCGAUGAGGUGGCUGUCACUUCUGCACCUCCUGUGACUGGCGAAGUGACCAUCAGCACGGCAGCUGGAGAAGCUCCCGGUAGAGACAAGGAUGAUUCUGAUGCUACCACCCAGGUCGCUACGGAGGCUGCGACUGUCACGACUACGAUCGGUGCUCCUGUUGAGCCUACUACUAUAACGUCCCCUCUGCCGGUCAGCACAGCUGCUGUGACCGAUGAGGUGGCUGUCACUACUGCAGCUCCUGUGACUGGCGAAGUGACCAUCAGCACGGCAGCUGGGGAAGCUCCCGGUAGAGACAAGGAUGAUUCUGAUGCUACCACCCAGGUCGCUACGGAGGCUGCGACUGUCACGACUACGAUCGGUGCUCCUGUUGAGCCUACUACUAUAACGUCCCCUCUGCCGGUCAGCACAGCUGCUGUGACCGAUGAGGUUGCUGUCACUACUGCAGCUCCUGUGACUGGCGAAGUGACCAUCAGCACGGCAGCUGGGGAAGCUCCCGGUAGAGACAAGGAUGAUUCUGAUGCUACCACCCAGGUCGCUACGGAGGCUGCGACUGUCACGACUACGAUCGGUGUUUCUGUCGAGCCUACUACUAUAACGUCCCCUCUGCCGGUCAGCACAGCUGCUGUGACCGAUGAGGUUGCUGCUAUCACUGCAGCUCCUGUGACUGGCGAGGUGGCCAUUACCACGGCAGCUGGGGAAGCUCCCAGCAGAGACAAGAUGAUUCUGAUGCUACCACCCAGUCGCUACUGA